AUGGUAGCCGCUACUGACUACUCAAAGCCUUCGGCGACUAUCACGGUCCCGUUCACCAAGAAGACCGAGUCUGUCUCUGUUGCGCCUCUUAUUCCUGAGCCAGCCGGCCCCAGUAAACUCUUCUCGAAACAGGGUGUGAGCUACGGCGACUUCCGCGAUGACCUCGUUCGGGAUGGAUAUGUAGUCGUCAAAGGCGCGGUCCCGAAAGAGAGAGCGGCCAAGUACGGCGAAGAGAUGAUGUCCUAUCUCGAGAACUUCACCGGAGGUCUUGGUUUCAAGCGUGACGACCCCAGAACCGUUAAGGAAUCCAACCUCCCCAUCAUCACCGUGAAGGGCAUGUGCCUCGGCUACGGCAUCGCCCACGAAAACUUCACCUGGGACAUUCGCCAGGAACCCGGCGUCGUGGAAGCCUUUGAAAAGGUCUACGACACCAAAGACAUCAUCGUCUCAUUCGACGCCGUCAUCAUGGCAUUCCCCAACCGUACAGACAUCAAGCCCAACAACCCCUGGCCGCACCAGGACCAGGACCCAGCGAAGCCUGGCUUCCGCUGUCUUCAAGGGCUCGUCAACAUCCUCCCCAACGGCGACAAGGACGGCGGUCUCAUCGUGUGUAAGGGCGCGCACCGCCUCUCCGAAGAGUUCCACGUGGCCUUCAAGGACGAGCCCAACAAGAUCUGGGCCUGGACAAAGGAGUGGUACGGGUUCACGGACGAGGGCAUGAAGUGGCUGGCCGACAAGGGCUGCGAGUGGCUCAAGAUCAACGCUGAGCCGGGCGACCUCCUGCUCUGGGACAGCCGCACGCCGCACUACAACCUGAGCCCCGAGGGCGACUCGCCGCGGUUCUGUGCGUACACCUGCUUCAUGCCCGCCGCCGAGGCUACGCAGGAGGACCUGAUCCGGAAAAAGGGCGCGUUUGAUAACUUGCAAAGCACGACCCACUGGCCGAACGCGAUGCAUGUUGGCGGCAUCCCGGUCUUGCGGGAUGGCAAGCCGUGUCCUUAUAACACGGGCAAGCCGAGACAGGUUCCGAAGCUAUCUGAGAGAGGAUUCCAACUUACUGGCAUUCCCUACAUUCAAGGAGUGCCAACUGGGGUAUCCUAA